GCCAAGGGAUUCUUUAUUUAAAGUAAAUGUGUGGGGAUUGGGGAAGGGAUGGGUGGAGGUCUCAAUGCCGUUAGCCGUCAAUAUCAGAAUGGAGCUAGACUCUUAUUACACACGGUGAAGUCACUUUUAAGUGUCUGUGUUUGUGAACGGGGCUCACAGUUCCACGAGUGCCCUCUGGACUCAGGCCAAGUCCCUCGCCCCCGGAGGCGUCAGACCCUCUUGUUCCAAUCUGGACUUGCCUGGGUGACCCUCUUGCUGUGGACUUGUUCCUUAAAGGGUCACUACAUCUGGCAACUGAGGCUGGAAUUCGCCGCGUACACUUGUGUCCCCGCGUUCAGAAACAGCUGCGACAGGAUGCCAGAGUCCAUCGAGAGGCUGGGAACAAGUUCGGCUUCUACUCAACAGCCCCUCGCUGGGACUGGCUUCCGCCAGGACUGAAGCAGGGUUGCCCCAGCGACAUGACCUUUCGCAGCUCUGUCACUCCAUGUGAAGAGGGCGGGGAUUCGUGAACUGUCCAAUCAGAGGCGCCACGUGGAAGGUGGGUGGGGCAACGCGGCAUAAAAGAGGUGGGCGUCGUACGCCGUUACGCAGCGCGGUUGCUGGGCACCUCGACUAUCGCCGGACCGUAAUAGCUCCUGCUACGUGCGUUGUGAGCAAUGCUGCAUACAGGAGAUGAGGGAGGACGACCAGAUACCUGGAAGCCGGAAAAUGGACUCAGUGGCCUUUGAGGAUGUGGCAGUGAACUUCACCCAGGAGGAGUGGGCUUUGCUGGAUCCUUGGCAGAAAAAACUCUACAGAGAUGUGAUGCUGGAAACCUAUAGGAACCUGGCCUCAGUAGGGAAAAAAUGUGAAGAGCAUAACAUUGAAGAUCAGUCCAAAAACCAAGAGAGAAGUCUGAGGCACAUCACAUCUCACACUGGACACAAACCAUGUGUGUCAAGAUUACAGAGAAAAGCCAUAUAGAUGUAAGGAGUGUGGGAAUAUUUCCAGUCAUUUCAAAAACAUGAAAGAAAUCACAGUGAAGAGAAACCCUAUAAAUGUAAACAAUGUGGGAAACCCUUCAGUUAUCGUCAAUCUGUUCUUAGACAUGAAAGGACUCACACUGGAGAAAAGCCCUAUGAAUGUAAAAAAUGUGGAAAAACCUUCAGUAGUUUUACAGGUUUCCAAAUACAUGAAAGAACUCACACUGGAGAGAAACCCUAUGAAUGUAAGGAAUGUAGAAAAGCCUUUAUUUACCUUGCAAGCUUUCAAAGACACAUGAUAGUGCACACUGGAGAUGGACCUUAUAAAUGCAAGGAAUGUGGAAAAGCAUUCAAUUGUCCUAGUUCAUUUCAAGUACAUGAACGAAUUCACACUAGAGAAAAACCAUACGAAUGUAAACAAUGUGGUAAAGCCUUCAGUUGGCUGGGUUCCUUUCGACUACAUGAAAGAAUUCACACUGGAGAGAAACCCUAUGAAUGUAAGGAAUGUGAGAAAGCCUUCAUUUAUCAAACUACGUUAAAAGGACACAUGAGUAUUCACACUGGAGAGAAACCUUAUAAAUGUGAACAAUGUGAGAAAGCCUUCCUUUCUCUUGCAAGCUUUCAAAUGCACAUGAUAAUGCAUACUGGAGAUGCACCUUAUAAAUGUAACGAAUGUGGGAAAGCAUUCAAUUGUCUUAAUUCAUUUCAAAUCCAUGAAAGAACUCACGCUGGAGAGAAACCCUAUGAAUGUAAACAGUGUGGUAAAGCCUUUAUUUGUUCUAGUUCCUUUCGAAUGCAUGAAAGGACUCACACUGGAGAGAAACCCUAUGAAUGUAAACAAUGUGGUAAAGUCUUCAGUUGUUCCAGUUCCUUUAGAAUACAUGAAAGAAGUCAUAGUGGAGAGAAACCCUACGUAUGUAAAUGAUGUGGUAAAGACUUCAUUUGGCACAAUUCCUUUCGAAUGCAUGAAAGAACCCACACUGGAGAGAAACCCUGCGUAUGCAAGCAGUGUGGCAAAGCUUUCAUUUAUUGUACAACUUUUCAAGGACACAUGAGAAUGCACACUGGAGAGAAGCCCUGUAUGUGUAAAGAAUGUGGAAAGGCCUUCAGUCAUCCCAGUUCAUUUAGAAGCCAUGAAAAAAUACACCCUGGCAGAAAACUUCUUGAAAGUAAGUGGGAGUUGUCAACUUGCCCACCUCCUUACAAAAACAUGCAAUAAGAAUGUGCUAGAUAGAAAGCUUACAAAUGUGAGGAAUACAGGACAUUUUUCAAUUUUAACAAAUACUUUCAAAGUCACGUGAAAAUUCUCACUAGAAAGAAAUCCAGUAAAGGCAAGUUGAGGCAUACCUGUUUGUUAUUCAGGAAUUCACUAUAAGGUUAUAUUAGGGGAGGGGGUGCCAUGUUUAAAUUCAAUGGUAUCUUAAGGUAAAACUGUAAUUUAAGCCCCAGUAUUGAUUAAGGACAUGGAAAUUUGCCAACUGAUGCAUUUCAAUGGAUGUUGAAGUUAAUUCAGAGCCUGUUUUGUAGAGGUGUGAAACCCAAUCAGCACCCAUUUUUUUUUUGCUGUUAUUUUAAUAAACUUUGGAUUUCUAAUUUGAUCAAAUUAUGGACCUUUGUCUCAAUUUUUUUCUUUUUUCUUUUGGUGAUUGCAGGGUGAGGGAGAGGGGUGUUCUGUGUACCCUACUUAUAUUUAUAUCCUUCAUUCUCUAGAGAGCCUCAAAUCAGUGUCAUCAUGGUUAUGGGGCCUCCCUCAUGGCAGUGGUUGCUUUAGAGGGUUUCAGGACUGUGGGCUUAAGUCUGAUUUAAAUUAAGGGUGUCUCUCUAAAGUCUCUAUUCUAUUCCUUUACUCUGUUUUUUUUGUUUUUUUUUUUUCUCUUUUGAGACGGAGUCUCACACUGUCAUCCAUGCUGGAGCGCAGUGGCACGAUCUUGGCUCACUGCAACCUCCGCCUCCCAGGUUCAAGCGCUUCUCCUUGCCUCAGCCUGAGAUUACAGGUGCCCGCCACCACGCCUGGCUAAUUUUUUUGCAGUUUUAGUAGAGAUGGGGUUUCACUAUGUUGGCCAGGCUGGUCUUGAACUCC